AUGAGCAGAGACCUGCUAGUGUUCAACUCUAGAUCAUCUCCUAAGAAUUUUGGUAAUUCAAACACUGGUGCUGAUAAUUUGAAGAACCCUGAAACUUAUUCUCCAAAAUCGAAACCUCUUGGAACUGGAAAUCAAGGGUUUAGGCAUUCAUAUUCUGGAAAUGAGAGUGCCUACUCUUCACCGAGGAAACAUUGGAAUAUGGACUUCAAGGAUGCUACUACUGCUGCUCAGGCAGCUGCAGAAUCUGCAGAGAUGGCAAGUAUGGCUGCCCGAGCUGCUGCUGAACUUUCAAGCCGUGAAAAUUUCACCCAGCAGCAUUCAAUGGAAUCACCGAUGUCGCCUCUUCAUCGUAUGAGGGACGAGGAACCACGAAAGUAUACUGGCUCGGCAUCUCAAAAUGAACGUCUUGGCAGAGAUUCGGUUGAUGUAUCCUUUCAUGGAAGGAAUUCUGGGAAUUAUGAACAAAUUGACAGCUUCGAAGAACAUGGCCAGGCAAGAUACGAUGAAAAUGUUUAUAGUAACAUUACGAGGAGCGGUGAUAAAUCCGCUCAUGGUUCCUUCAAGUCAACUGCAUCUUCCUUCAAAGAAGAAACAUCAGUGAAUAAGCAAACCACAGAUGCAUAUUCUCGAAGACAUUCAUUUCAACAAGUUCCAGUAGACCAUUUUGCUGAAGUGAAUUCGACGAGAAAAUCAGGUGAAAAUGUUGAUCAUCAGAAUGUCAGGGCCAGAGAACAAUCAAGCUAUUCUUAUUCUCAUUCUCAAUCAAAUAGUUUUAAUGAUGAUCGUGAUGUUGUCUCUAAUUUUAAUCGGCUGAAGUCGGAAAAUGAUAAGAAAAGCUCAGGGGAAAGCCGGAUGCCAUUUGUGACUGAACUGCAUGAUACAAAGAUUUCUGGUUUUACCGAUUAUCAAGAAGUAAGGAUCAGGAAGCAAUCAAGCCAUUCUUCAUCUCAUUCUCAUUCAAGUACUUUUUCUGAUGAUCAUGAUGUAUCAAAUUUAAACCGUCGGAACUCGGGAGAUAAUUCCAGUGAGGAUUCUUUUCUUCGUAAUGAUAAAGGAAGCCUUCAAAGAAGCACAAAAGAAACAACAGAUUUUUUCAACAAUGCCUCGGCAGUUUUUGAUGACUAUGGAUCAGAUAAUAAUGAAGAUUGUUUUGAUUCGGAGGAAGAGCACGACAAACGUGAAUUCAGUAUGAGCUUAUCAUCUCCUGGUCAAAGAUCACCUACUCGUCCAUAUACAAGAACAACUUCUCGGAGCAUUGAGAAGAAUAUUGAUGGAAAGUCAAUUUCAGAAUCACAUAUUUUCUCGGAUCAACGGCCAAGUCCCGUCUUCUUUGAAAGUUCAACUAGCUCUGCAUAUUCUUCACAUGGAGACGACUUGUCGGCAACUUUUGAUGAUUAUGGCCCUAGUUCUGAAAGUGACGAAGAGAUAGACAAAUCCAUUUUUGUUAGGAGUUCCAAGCACAGUAUGGGUAGUAAUGUAAAGAAAGUGGAUUCACACCAAGCUGAAAACAGUAAUUUCGAUUCACAGUCGGAUGAAGUCAUGGAAGAUACUGAACAGUCUAAUUAUUCUAGUCUGGAAGAAGGUAUGAAAUUGAAUUUCGGGAACUUGACAGGCGGCCUGAGACAUAAGGGUUAUAGGCUUCCACCAUAUACAAAUAGUCCACGAGGCAAUGGUUUAUCAUCUGUGGUGGCAGCCAAUGACGCAUCUACUAGAAUUAAGCAGUUUUCUCCCCCUGCAGCAGCCCAGCCUUCGGUUGGUUCGGUGUCUUUCAAUCAAGAGCCAUACACUAGGAGAAGUAGCAAUGAAGUGAAUAGAAAACUCAGCAUGAGAGCAUCGAGUACACAUGUCGAUCCUAGUGAUGAUGACUCUGAGGAGGAGCGACUGAAACAGACUUCUAGUAGCACUCAAGACCGAGUAAAUCAAAGGUCUAGCUUUGACGUAGACCUUCCUAAAAGAGAGGCUCCUACUGAUACCGGGUUUUCUCGAAGGACGAAGAAGGCCUUUCCUUCAGAUUCACGGAGAAGCUCCAAUCUUAAACCCACUGCUUUUGCUGAGCCAAAAGUGGUUUCUGAUUACAGUGGGAAAGGGAGUGGUGAAGUGAACAGAAAAUUCAGAAUGAGAGCAUCGAGUACUCGUGUUGAUUCUAGCGAUGAUGACUCCGAGAAACGACGUAAUCAGACUUUUAGUAGCACUCAAGACCAAUACAACAAUACACCAAGCUUUGAAGAAAACAGAAGAUCUAGCUUAAGAGUAGCUGUCCCAUAUUCUGGUUCAGAUGAAGGCCUUCCUAAAACAAGUUUAAAUGCUUCUUCCAACACAGGUUUUUCUCGAAGAACGAAGGCCUCUCCUUUGAAUUCACAGAGAAGCUCCACUCUUAAAGACACCGUUACUUCCGACUACGGCCGGGAGAAGGAUUCCUCAAGGAGUUCAAAUGCCGAUGAGUCACUAAAAAGACUCAGCCUCAGAAAAAGAACUCCGAUGAUCUCUCGGGACGUUCUCGUCAUCCCCAGUUGUCAUCACAAGCAACUUCAAGGCUGGCCUUUGAGACCAAAAGGUCUUCAUCUGAUACAACUUUCAAGUCAUCGGAAAAGGAUCAGUCAUCCACAUCUAUCCCAAAGAUUAUAUCAUCAGCCAGUGCCAAAAGUUUGAUGACUCAAACGUCAACCGGCUCGGGCCAAUCUAAGCAGAAUGCUAGCCAUGUUCAUCCGAAGCUUCCCGAUAUCGACAUCUUGACUGCGCACUUGAAUUCAAUCAGACAGAAUCACAAAUGAAUAUAGAUUCUUUCCAAAUUCUUACAGAACUCGUGUUUUUUUAUUAG